UAAGGGCGCAUGCGCUGUGCCUAAAGCGGAAGUAACCAUCAUGUCGUUAGAAGACCCAUUUUUCGUUGUGAAGGGGGAGGUGCAGAAGGCCUUGUCUCGUGCUCGGGUCCUUUUUGAUAGAUGGGAGGAACUGUUGCAGGAUGGGACACAGGUGAGUCGCGAUGAACUGGAUUGGAGCACCAAUGAACUGAGGAACUGUCUGAGGGCCAUAGAUUGGGACCUGGAGGACCUCAGUGAAACCAUCAAUAUCGUGGAGUCGAACCCGGGGAAGUUUAAACUGGGAGAAGAUGAACUUAAGGAGAGGAGAGACUUUGUGGAGAGAACCAGGUCAGCCGUCCAGGAGAUGAAGGAUCAGUUGUCCAGCCCCUCUGCUGUGGCUCAGGCAGAGAAGAAGAACAGACAGGCUCUGCUGACCUCAACAGGUCAGGACAGGUCAUCAGGACUGGAGGCUCAUAUGGUGUCUGCAAACUCCAGAUACAUCGAGGAGCAACAAGAGCAACAGCAGCUGAUCAUGGAGGAGCAGGAUGAGCAGCUGGAGUUGGUGUCAGGCAGCAUCAGAGUCCUCAAAGACAUGUCAGGACGCAUAGGGGACGAGCUGGACGAGCAGGCUGUCAUGUUGGGGGAUUUUGGAGACGAGAUGGACCAGACAUCAUCCCGGAUGGAUUCAGUACUAAAGAAGCUGGAGAAGGUGUCACACAUGACCAGCAGUCGGAGACAGUGGUGCGCUAUCGCUGUGCUUGUCGCCGUACUGAUUGUUGUCCUCAUCCUCUUCUUUGCCCUCUGAUACUGGUGACCUCUGACCUCUCAACUACGUUAAGUGUCUCCUCUCUGAUGAAGGACGGACAGACGGACAAACGGAUGAAAAGAAACAGUAUCAAGGGACGUGUCCUGCCCCCCCCCCCCCCCCCCCC